AUGCUUAUAUUUGAUUCUUCUAAAUCGUCUUCACAAGAAGUUGAUGCCCUAAAUCUUAGAGAGAACAUUGAUAAUUCUAGUGAUUCCCCGAAACCCUUUGCUUCUUGUUCAGAUUCGAAUGUGGGUUCAGAUCCAAUUCCUGUUUUAAAUCAAGAUUUACAAAUUCAUAUCCCACAUUCUUGGUCAGUGGAUCCUAUUUACUCGUUUAAGAAGACUAAUCGACAAUGUUCGGAAACUACUCACAACGAAUUUGGUCAGCCUUCCAACCCUAAAUCGCAGCAGUUAGCGUCUUCUUCGAUUGCUCGACAAUGGAUCGUGUUAUUGAUCAUGUAUCUGUCGCUUGGUGUGGUUAUAUAUUGUAGUAGGGAAAAUUUCAUAGAUUCUGAGACUCAUGUGGCUGUUGAUGCUCUUUAG